CACUCAUAUAUAUUGGCCAUGAUAUUUUCGAUGAAUUGCAAUUAAUUAAAUUGUCUUCAUUCACAGUCGAUUUAAACUAUCUUCCAGGCUCAAACGAAUAUAAUCAAGUGGACAACAAACAUAGUUUAUGGGGUAAGAUUGCACACUCAUCACGAUUGUUGAACAUUAUUCAUUAUCAUCAUCAUCAUUCGCUAACAUAGUGUGUGUGUGUGUGUGUGUGUCGUUAUUAUUGAAAAUUAUUUUUUUUUUCUGGGACCAAAAAUUGGCUUCUCACUCAUUUUUUCAUUCAUUCAUUCAUUCAUUUAUCUAUCGAUCAUACAUACAACAUAAAAGUCGUAGCAAUACACAUCUGCAGAAAGAAAAAAACCAUUUUUCGUUUGUUUUAAUAUACCAAUACAAACAUGAUUAUACUGAUAUGGAACGCAGUCAUUCUCAUCAUUUCCAUUCUUAUGAUGGGAACAUCUAUUUCCGAUGCGGUCCUAAUUGAUCGAGAAAUCUAUUUUACCAGAUGGCGAGAUGAUCCUACCUAUCCAAAUAAUUUAAAAUAUUGUGCCAAUGAAGACAAUAUCAAUCUAUUAUAUGAACGUAUACGAAUCAUACGUGAUAAUCCGGUACGAUAUCCACCAACUGAAGAUCAUGUGAUCAAUGGAACAUUGGAAAUGAUACAGAAAAAUAUUGAACAAUUAAAUUUUAAUAAAACAAAAUUCAUUCAAUUGGAAGAUAGUCAACCAUGGUAUGGAAUAUUGAAACGUUUCUUGUGGCAUGAUGUCAUUAUGACCUGUGAUUAUCAGCUACAAUGCCAUAAUUAUCUUGCAUUAGAUGUUUUGGGCUAUGGUCAUGGAUUUAUAAAUCCAAUCUCAUGGGUGGAUGUUUCAUCUGAAACACGUUCAACGAAAUCACAUGCAUCAUAUCAAAUUGAUCAAUUUUAUGAACAGAUUAAAUCAACCAAUACACAACUUGAACGUUUUGUUCAUUCGGAUGGUAAAAAUAGUGAAUAUUCACAAUCGAUGAUUAUACAAAGUUUAGAUCAAUUAAUCAAAAAUACAAAUGAUGUUAUGAAUGGCAUUACAAAAUCAUAUAUUUAUAAUUUGGAAAGAAAUUUCAAAAAUUCCAUAAUACCACGUCCAGAAUAUGAACAAUAUUUUAUGCUACAUUCGAAAAUUUUACGAUGGAUUAUGGAUUUGACCAGUGAUAUUAAAGAACAAUUUAUGAAUCGUUAUCUGGAAUCAACAACCACUUCUACUAGUAGCCAAAGCCAUUCACGAGGUUAUCGUGAUUGAGAUUAACUCUUUUUUUUAAUAAUAAUAAUAAUAAUUCUCAUAAUAAUAUUCUUUCUAUCUACGACUGAUGACAAGCAAUGUGGCUUUAUCUAUUUAUUUAAUAUAUUUUUUUUCUAUUCCCAUUGUUUUUUUAAUCAUUACUGACUAUAUAUCAUCAUUAAUAUUUAUGGAAGGAGAAAAUUUCGUCCAAACCAAUAAAAACUUGACAGAUUCGGUUUAUAAAGGA